AUGAUGGACUUCCUAACUUCAGCUGGACUCAGUAAAGAUCCACAGGCGGUGCCGGAUAUUCGGGAAAUGAGCACAUGGAAAACGAUGGCCGAGGCCGAGAGAAUAAGAGGAUUAAGUUUAACAACCAUAAAGAGGGGAAAGGGACCAGAUACAUGUCUGUUGUUAGACAUUUCUGGCAGCAUGGAAGGGGACAUGUUUGAAGAGAUGAUAAAUACAGCCAAAACCUUCGUUAAUGGAAUUUCAGAGGUAGCGAAAGUGCUUGAGAUACAGGAGAACAUUGGAAUUGCUACAUUUGGAGAACAGACGAGAGUUGUGCAGCACAUGACUAACGACUACGAUAAAGUGUUAGAAGCACUAGAUUUACUGACCCCUGGAGGGCCCUCCCCUGUAUCUGCUGGUUUGUACAUGGCUCUGGCUUGCUGCUUAGGACAUGCUCCUCAUACUACAAUUCACGACAUUCCCGUCGCCCCCCGGAUCGUUUUUAUAACUGAUGGCAAAGGAACUCCCGACAUAAUAGCUUCUGGAGAAGACGAUUUUCCAACCAAUAAGGAAACAACCCUGAUGAAAUACCUCUGGUUGAAUGAGACAGUUGAGGAUUUGGAGAAAAGGAAACACAGAGUUUAUUGUGUAACGCUAGAAAAAACAGAGACGGAUAUGAUAGAAAUAAUCUGUAAAAAGACACAUGGGAAGAUAUACAAAUCAGAGGAAAUUGACAAGUUGGUUCGUAUGACACAAAACACAUUGCAGGCUAUUAUCAUGAUGAAACAGGGGCUGGAUUUUGAGAAUGCUGAUUUGUCUUGGAUGGAGAUACUGGGUUUGAGUGAUAACCCACUGCUCUCUGGUCUUGGACUCGGAAACAACUUUGAAGAAGUUGUUCAUCUGGGUAAAUACUUUAGUAGCCUUCAAGACAAUUCUGAAGAAAAGGUUCAUCGGGAACUUAAGGAGUCAGAUUUACCAUCCCUGGGAGCCAGGGUAAGAAGAGGACCGGACUGGAAGUGGGGGAAUCAGGAUGAAAAUGGUCCAGGGACCGUCAUCGGUCAUGACGGGGAGACUUGUGUAUGGGUAGAGUGGGACUCUGGACACAAAAACACCUACAGAUGUAAUCCACUUCUGGGUUACGACCUUUUGGUUGUGGACGAACCGCGAGUUCUCAAGGGAGAAAUGAUCGCCGUGGGUUGUCUGGUAGAGAGAGGAGAGCACUGGCGAUAUGGCGACCAAGAUGGCGGUAAAGGGAAUGUGGGAGUAGUCAUCAAUGUUAAAGAAAAUGGGCUGAUCAUAGUGAGAUGGCCAAACAGGGAGAAAGUAAGAUAUAAAUUUGGAUUCGAUGGAUUCUUUGAGGUGAAAAUAUGUGACCGUAAGAAUGUAUACGGAAGUGUUGGUUCGUUAAAAACCCAUGUUUGGGGUUCCGGAAGUGCACUAGGAGGGGAGACGGAUCUACCAUCAGAGGGUGCCACUGCUUCUGAUACUUCAAUUCUUGAAGAUCUUUCUGAUAAAGAGACGAUAGAGUCGAAAGAGGGGGACGAAAUCAAAGACAAAGACAUUAAUAAGACAAUGACGGUCGAGGAGCUGAAUAGAAGAAACAAUCAGAGGAGCGUUAAAAUCGAAGAUGCAAUGCCGUCAACUAGAGGGAGAAAAUCUGUCUCUGAUAUUCAAUGGCGAUAUCUAAAGGAUGACUUGUGGUGCGAGUUUUCCCAGGAUAACAGUAGGAAAAUAGAAAAGGCAUAUGGUCGGAAUACACAGGGAUCAACUAUUCUUGACCUCGAAGAGCAUGUAUGGAAAGUUUCCUUCUCUGAUAUGAAAAUGAAAUGUGAGAAAACACAUGCAACGAUGCUAAUUCAGCGGAAUGAAAUCAGAAAAUGACGAAAAAACGGACAACAACGCAUUGUGAUAAAUGAAUUAAAAUAAGACUAAUUCAAAGAUGUUGUAACAUGCAUUCAUGUAGUCUUUCAAGUAAUUAUUUUCCAUGUUAUUAGCUCACCUGAGCCAAAGACUCAAGUGAGCUUUCUGAUCAAAAUUUGUCCGUUGUCUGUCGUCGUUGUAGUUGGCGUCGUUGUUGCUUCACAUUUUCAUCUUCUUCUCCAGAACUACUGGGCCAAUUUCAACCAAACUUGGCACAGAGUAUCCUUGGGUGAAGGGAAUUCAAGUUUGUUCAAAUGAAGGACCACGCCUUCUUCCAAGGGGAGAUAAUUGAGAAUUCAUGAAAAAUUUAUGGCAUCUUUCAAAAAUCUUCUUCUCAAGAACCACUGCGUAAGAAAAUAUGAAACUUAUGUGGAAGCAUCCUCAGGUAGCAUAGACUCAAGUUUGUUCAAAUCAUGACCCCCGGGGGUAGGGUGGGGCCACAGUGGGCGAUCAAUGUUUUACAUAGGAAUACAUAGGAAGCAUUUUAAAAACGUUCUUCUCAAGAACAGCAAAGCCUUGAUUGGUCAUAUUUACAUGGAAGCAUCCUCAGGUAGUGUAGAUUCAAGUUUGUUCAAAUAAUGACCCCCGUGAGUAGGGUGGGGCCACAGUGGGCGAUCAAAGUUUUACAUAGGAAUACAUAGGGAAAAUAAUUAAAAAUCUUCUUCUCAAGAGCAGCAAUGUCAUGAUUGGUCAUAUUUAUAUGGAAGCAUUCUCAGAUGGUGUAGAUUCAAAUUUGUUCAAAUCAUGGCCCCCGGGACUAGGGUGGGGCCACAGUGCGCGAUCAAAGUUUUACAUAGGAAUACAUAGGGAAAAUCUUUAAAAACCUUCUCAAGAACAACAAAGCCAUGAUUGGUCAUAUUUAUAUGGAAGUAUUCUCGGGAAGUGUAGAUUUAAGUUUGUUCAAAUCAUGACCCCUGGGUGUAGGGUGGGGUCACAGUGGGUGAUCAAAGUUUUACAUAGGAGUUUAUAAGAAAAAUUUCAAAAAAUCUUCUCAAGAACAGCAAAGCUAUGAUUGGUCAUAUUUAUAUGGAAGCAUUUUCAGGUGGUGUAGAUUCAAGUUUGAUCAAAUCAUGACCCCGGGGUUAGGUGGGGCCACAAUGGACGAUCAGAGUUUUACACAGGAAUAUAUAAGAAAAUCUUAAAAAAUCUUCUUCUCUAGAACAGCACAGCCAUGAUUGGUCAUAUUUAUAUGGAAGAAUCCUCAGAUAGUGUAGAUUCAAGUUUGAUCAAAUCACGACCCUCAGGGAUAGGUAAGGGUCACAAUGAAAGUUUAAACUUGUAGGAAAAAAGUCACAGUUAGUCAAAAAAAAUAUGUUAGCAUCCUUAGUUAGUGUAGAUUCAAUUUUGUUCAAAUCAUACCCCCUCCCCUCCCUGUUAGGGGUAGGUCGGGACCACUUAUGCAUUUAAGCAUUGCAAUACUAAAAUGAUUUUUGCUUUUUGCCUAGCCACAAUGCUCAGGUGAGCGAUGUGGCCCCCGGGCCUCUUGUUUUUAUAUUGUUUUACGUCUAAGUAAUGAAUAAAGUAUGACAUUGUGUU